GAUUUCCCAUGAACUCGACACCUGCCCCAUGAACUCGAAACCUACUCGCGUCUGCUCUGUAACCGACCCCAUCUUCUACUUGCCGAUGAUGCCAAAGGCAGUCCAUCGGGUCAGGGAUGGGCUUAAUUCUUGAGUCUCCACGGGCCUCUAGAUCUCCAACAACCAGAAUGGAUGUGGCAUCAUAAAACGUGCUCAACUAUGCGCUGCUGAAACAUAUCUAUCUACUCUCCCGUUACCGUACGAUUCCCUUCAAAGCUGAUGCUCCCGACGAUUUUAUCUACACGUUGACGAAACUGCUUCUAAAUGGACACAAACCUCUACCUCUUGGUUACCGCCAGCGGCAACUUUAGCAGUACUGAUCAUCGUCUAAAGAGACAACCUCGACACUAUUCUAACCCCCACCAGCAGCAGCAGCAGCUUCUGCCGUAGCAGCGGCGAUGACGUCAGCAGAUCUCAAAGCUCUGACGGCACGUCGUUGAAAAGCUCCAUGAAAUCCUCGAACUUCUUCUGCACGGAAGCUUGCGCCUUCAUGAAGGCAGCCGCGUCCUUCUCUCUCGCAGGUACGUCCGCCGCCUGCACCUCUUUCUGGAUGCUCCGCACGAGGGCGAGGGCGGACUUCUUCUUGUCCGGCGGGAAAGUGCCCGCGAGGUACUCGAGUUCCCCGCCGAGCUGAUACACCUUGCGGAGGAACAGGGCGACGUUCUUCCACUCGUCGGCGGUCACGUCCGCGCCCUGGCGCUCGAUUGACUUGCCCAGGGCCGCCCAGUCCUUCUGCACCUUGACGAGGUUGGAGAAUUGUCGCGCCCCGUCCGGCAGCCCCCCUUCUCCUACGCCUACCUCGGCCGAGGCAAACUCCGGUCCCUGUGAUACCGCCACCGCGCCCGUGAUGGCAGCUCCUAGCAUUCUACCGGCCCACUGGCCACGCGACAUCCCGCCGCCGUCACUCGGCAGGGCGCCAGUCGUCAUCCUGGUGGCCCUGCUUCUGCAAGAAGGGUCUGGCCCUACUCCUGCUGCUGCUGCUCUUGCUGCCGGAGCAUGUUGUUUUCGUACGAACGAGAUUGCGCCGCAUUUUGCCGGUGCUGCUGACGCGAUCGCAUGAGGAUGAAGCACGAAGCUGUGGACUCCGGACGUCGCAAGACGUAAAAGAAAGACCAACGAGGAUGCAGCUGCCGACGAGUUUCCGAGCUUCAUGACAGAACAAGGAGAGAUCGGGGCGUAUGGUACGUAUGCGUCGCUGCUGUGGCAGUUGCAUGCUAAAGGGGGAAGGGGGUGGUAACACAGCAGUCGCGGGGCCACAACAAGCCACGGUGCCGCUUCGGCACAAUCACAAAGGUGACUUGCGUACCUGCUGUGUCGAAGUCGGCCCGACUACGCAUCCCCAUCUAUCAUCUAUCAUCUAUCAUCUAUCUGCCCUGCUCCUCGCCCUUCACAGAUCAAACUGGCGGAGGGCGAGCUAUGGGCCUACGCGAGAGGUUUCUGACGGCUGCGGUGGCCCUACCGCUGGCCCUGUGGGCCAUUUUCCAUGACGCUUGGCUAUGCCUUUCGCUGGUUCUGGUGCUACAGGCGGUUUGCGUGCAGGAGGUGGGCGAGCUUCUGCGCAGAACAAGGGCCGCUCGAGCAAUAGCUGCCACGGGCGUUGGGGUGGCUUUGCUGGGCAGCACCUUCCUCUUCCACGUCAUCGCCGAGACGGUUUCUCUGAUCACCGCGUUCUGUGGCCGCGACGCUGCAGGGAUCGCGAUGUGCGUCGGUAUGGCUUUAAUCGUGGCCCGCCGCCUGGUGCUCAUGCGUGACCAUUGGGUUGCUUCGAAACUCUCCGCGGAGAAACCGGUUGGGGUUAGUGGUGGUGGUGGUGGUGGAGGCGGAGAAGGGGAUGGUGCUGGGGUGAUGGAGGCUGGAGUUUUCCUGCUGGCCCUCGAAAUUUCGGCGAUGCUUUGGAUGGUCUGUGGCUGCUCCUCGCUCGUAGCGCUUCGAUUCAGGGGCUCAAGAGGCGCUGCAGACGUUGUUUUUCUCCUGGCGGUUGUGUUCAACUCGGACAACGGAGGGUUGCUGGCGGGCUCCAUGUACAAGGUUCUUCGACGAAAGCGGCAGCUGCACCUUUCCAGCAGCGAGCUUCUCCAACGACACCAACGAUCGUCUGCGAGUCAAACACCGCCGGCCGCCGCUGGUGCCGCCGAGAUGACCCCCGGGCAAAAACACCCAGGUCUCCUCACCGUCGCGAGUCCCGGCAAAACCUGGGUAGGCGUCACUGGAUCCAUCGCCCUGGGAACGGCCACUGCCCUGACUCUCGAACAGGCUCUUCUCUUUCUUUUGCAUGAACCGUUGCUGUCGAGAGUCGGGGAGAGCCUUCCGGGCGAGGAGGAAAGAGGGGGUGUUUUUUCCGUCGGGGGCAUGUCAUCCGGGCGCCUCGGGGUUGUAGGGGCGGGCCUCUGCAUCGUGGGCGUCGUGGGGGAUUUGUGGGAGUCUCUGCUGAAGCGGACGGCGAUGGUAAAGGAUUCCGGCACAGUCUUUCCUGGCCACGGGGGCUGCCUGGACCGUCUGGACGGCGUCUUGACAGCAGCACCGCUAUACUUGGCUGUCCUCACGGCGUUUGGGUUGUCACCAGUGGAUGAGACAUAGAUAUGGCCGCUGAUGUUCGCACACGGUAGCAGUGUUUUACUGGUUUCAAGAUUACGUGCGACGCAGAAUGUCCCUCGCCGCUUGCCCACACGUGCAUGACCUCCACUACCCUAGUACCCGGUGUUGGGUUUCGGCGUCAUGAUGCGGAGGCCGCGACUUUCAGCUUUCAUCGCACAGGUGAUGAUUCGGAAAAGUUUCCUAUUAGCUUGCGCCACGUGAUUUCCCGGUCGCCCUCAAGCGGCAAGUGCUCACCGGGAGCAGAACGGUGAAUGGCCAAGCGACGUUUUUUUGGAACCACGUACUCAAACACAACGGCAAACCAACGUCAAGUCGAGGAAGAAUACGAUCAAAGACCUAGUCUACAGUAGUGGCGUGCAGUAAUCCUGCAAGCUGUGGUGUGCCCGAGCAUGACUAUGGUGAAACGGUCCCGUUGUGUUGGUACCUCCGCCUGUGCCAUGGUCGGGCGGUGGAGUGAAGGAGCGGGUUGAAUCGCGGUGAAACGU